AUGGUCUGUCCUCUGUUAGCCAUCCUCCUCCUCUCAUCAGCUACCAACCUCUUGUCAUCUGCUGCAACACUAGCAGAUAGCAUCCACAUCAACAGAGAUGCUCUGCUCUGCCUCAAGUCCCGCCUCCACAGUCCCACCGGAGCUUUGGCCACUUGGAACAACGCCACCUCACCAGAUUUCUGCACUUGGCAUGGCGUCUCAUGCACGAGGAGGCCAAGGCAAGCACCCCUCGUGAUGGCCUUGGAUAUGGAGGCGGAAGGCCUCUCCGGUGAGAUCCCACCCUGCAUCUCCAACCUCACUUCUUUGGUAAGGAUCCACUUGCCCAACAACACCCUCUCCGGCCAUAUCCCACCGGAACUUGGCCGGCUCUCUAGACUCCGGUACCUCAACCUCAGCUUCAACAUGCUGAGCGGCACCAUCCCGUUCAGCAUUGGGACGCUUCACAACCUUUCAUCUCUAGACUUAGGAAACAAUAGACUUUCUGGUGAGAUUCCACCGCUCCUUGGGAGCUCAAGGGCUCUAGAAUCCGUGAGUCUUACCAACAAUCUUCUUGACGGGAAAAUCCCACAAUCAUUGGCAAAUAGUUCCUCAUCCCUCACCACACUCUUGCUUGCGCAAAACCAGCUACAAGGAUUCAUUCCAGAUUUUGGUAAACUGUCACGCCUAGAGAUCCUUGACCUCUCCUAUAAUAACCUAUCAGGGACAGUGCCAUAUUCCAUUUACAAUCUGUCUGCGUUGUUCUUUCUUGGGCUGGCCAACAAUAAUCUUGGAGGAACGCUGCCUUCUGACAUGGGUAACACACUUCCUAAAAUUGAAAUACUGAUGAUGUCUGACAAUCAUUUCGAGGGAGACAUCCCUGCCUCACUACAAAAUGCCUCUCGCAUGAGGUUUAUCCAUCUAGGCGACAACUCUCUGACUGGGGUGAUUCCUUCCUUCAGCUCCAUGCCCAGCUUGAAGUAUGUGAUGUUGUACUCAAACCAGCUAGAGGCUGGAGACUGGACAUUCUUCUCCUCCUUGGCGAAUUGUACACAGCUCCAAAAUCUGAAUGUGGACACAAACAAUUUGCGUGGGGAUUUACCAGCAAAUUCCAUAGCGAAUCUGCCCAAAAGCUUGACCGCUCUAUCUCUAAAUUCAAACAACAUCUUAGGCACUAUUCCCAUGGAGAUUGGAAACCUGUCUAAUCUUUCCAUGCUCUAUCUUGAUACAAAUCUUUUCACGGGACCUAUACCUUCUACCAUUGGUCAGCUAAGCAACUUGAUUGUGCUUAGUCUGUCGAAAAACAAAUUUUUCGGGGAAAUACCUCCUUCCAUUGGCAUCCUAAACCAACUAGAAGAGCUUUACCUGCAAGAAAAUCAAUUGAGUGGAAGCAUACCUGAAAGUUUAGGCGGCUGCCAUAACUUGUUGGCAGUAAACCUUUCGAGUAAUACCCUCGGUGGAAUCAUAAGCGGGCACAUGUUCGCCAGGUUGAAUUCAUUGAGUUGGCUAAUUGAUUUAUCACACAACCAACUCACAAUGUCCAUACCAGUAGAGAUGGGUAGCUUGAUAAACCUUGGGUCCUUGAACAUCUCUCACAACAAUCUCACGGGAAGAAUACCGUCCACACUCGGUGCAUGUGUCCGGUUGGAAGCGCUUCGUGUAGAAGGGAACCUCCUACAAGGAAGUAUUCCACAAUCACUAUCAAACCUCAAAGGGAUCCAAGUGUUAGAUUUCUCCCAGAACAAUCUGUCUGGUACUAUCCCGGAGUUCCUUGAGACCUUCACCUCAUUGGAGUAUCUGAAUAUGUCCUUCAACAACUUGGAAGGACUAGUUCCCACGGGUGGAGUGUUUGCUAAUAAAAGUGGUGUUUUUGUCCAAGGAAACCCACACCUUUGUGCAAACAUUGCAGUAGAAGGAUUGCCUGUGUGCUUUGAUUCGGCAUCUGCAAAAAAGCACAAGUUUUUCAUUCCGAUGAUGAUAGCUCUAUCAACUCUGGUUACACUUGCUUUGAUCUUGGGUAUGUUCAAUUUUUUGUUGAAGCGAAAGUAUACAUCAUGUGAGAGAAUUGGCCAUUCAUACAUGGAGCUGAAGAGAAUAACAUAUGGUGACAUCGACAAAGCAACAAAUAGUUUUUCUCCAGCAAAUGUAGUGGGUUCCGGACAAGUCGGGACAGUUUACAAAGGUUCGUUCUACGUGGAAGACGGUACAAUUGCUAUUAAAGUAUUCAAGCUCAAUCAGCAUGGCGCAUUGGAUAGCUUCAUUGCUGAGUGCAAGGCAUUGAAACACAUCCGUCACCGGAACCUUGUGAAGGUGAUAACUGCAUGCUCAACUUAUGACCUAGUGGGAAAUGAGUUCAGGGCUCUAGUCUUUGAGUAUAUGGCAAAUGGCAGCCUUGAAAACCGACUUCAUAGCCAGGUUGGUGAUCAGAGUCUAGGGGCAGUGAUAGGCAUAUCAGUUGACAUUGCUUGUGCUCUUGAGUACCUCCAUAACCAGUGCAUCCCGCCGGUUGUUCACUGUGACCUGAAGCCAAGCAACAUACUUUUCGACCACGAUAAUACCGCGUGCGUCUCUGACUUUGGUCUAGCGAAGCUAAUUCAUGGAUGUUCAUCUGGAGGGCAGAGCAGCACAACAAGUAUAGUUGGACCAAGGGGAUCUAUUGGGUACAUACCUCCUGAGUAUGGCAUGGGCUGUGAAAUCUCGACCGAGGGAGACGUCUACAGCUAUGGCAUUGUUCUUUUGGAAAUGCUAACACGGAAACGACCUACCAAUGAAGAGUUCAGUGAUGGCAUGACGCUCCGGAAGUAUGUAGAUGCAUCGCUUUCACGAACCCAAGACAUUCUUCACCCCGGUCUUACUUCACAGACGACAGAGCAGCGUGUCGAUCAUAUCCCAAACUUGCAAGAAUACAACACACUUGCGCUGAAGGGUAUAUGUGCUCUCCGACUCCUUAGACUUGGCUUAUUAUGCUCCGCGGAAUCACCGAAGGAUCGCCCAGCGAUGCAUGAUGUCUACGGUGAAGUAACUGAAGUAAAAGAGGCAUUUUUCUCUAUGGACGACUGAAGCAAUGACCUUAUAUACAUUAUUAAGGCA